CUCUCUCUUCUUCUUCCUUCUCCUCCUCUGUUCGGCGCCGACCGUGACCGUGCUUCCAUCGGAAAUCCGCAGAGCGGAGCUCCUCGGAGGGAAGAUUCGCCAUGGAUUCCCUGCAAUCCCCCGCCUCCAUGGACGUGGAGGCCGCUCCGGCGGAGCCGAGCUUGCCGGCGAAGCCCCUGUUCGCGCCGCUGAAGGCGCACGAGAUGUCCGACGGGCGGGUCCAGUUCCGCAAGGUCUCCGUCCCGCCGCACCGCUACUCGCCGCUGAAGAAGUCGUGGAUGGACAUCUACACCCCGGUCCACGAGCACAUGAGGGUCGACAUCCGCAUGAACCUCAAGGCCCGCAAGGUCGAGCUCAAGACGAGGCACGACACCCCCGACGUCAGCAACCUCCAGAGGUGCGCCGACUUCGUGCAGGCCUUCAUGCUCGGGUUCGACGUCCCGGACGCCGUCGCGCUGCUGCGGCUGGACGAGCUCUACGUGGAGUCCUUCGAGAUCAAGGACGUGAAGACCCUGCGGGGCGAGCACCUGUCGCGCGCGAUCGGGAGGCUGUCGGGCAAAGGGGGCAAGACGAAGUUCGCCAUCGAGAACGCGACGAAGACGAGGAUUGUGAUCGCGGAUUCGAAGAUCCACAUAUUGGGUUCUUUUGCCAACAUCAAGAUCGCUAGGGAUUCGCUCUGCAGCUUGAUUCUGGGUUCGCCCGCCGGUAAGGUGUACUCGAAGCUCCGAGCAGUGAGUGCAAGACUUGCUGAGAGAUUUUGAAAGUUGGGAUUUUUUUUUCUUUUUGAGCUUCUGAUUGAUGAUGCUAUUCGUGGAUGAGAUUAGUCAAAUUUUGUUACAGAAAUCCCAGAGAUGGAGAGUGUGUAAUCUAUUGCCAAGAGAAAGCGUUAUGAGAUCAUUAUGUUUCUCUUA